UUUGGCUCCUCCCCUCGCUGUACGUUGUUAUGACGACCAAGUCGUAAAUCCGCCAUGUUUUCCUGGUCGCGGAGUUGCGACAGAGACGGAGAGUCUGGGCGAAAUGAAUGUAGAAAAUAAUAAUACGGCAGAAACAGAAAGCGAUCCGGCGGUACCCGGCAACAUCAUCACAAUCCACACCACACUCGGGGACGAAGGUGAAUGCACAAGUCCGUUAUAUUAUUGCAGUUUGGAUUCUCAAACGGUGAAUGAUGAAGAUGUUCACAAAUGUGGCCGCUGCCAGUGCGAGUUCACCUGUCUGGAGGCUUUCAUACAACACAAACUGCAAAACAACUGCCAGCGCAGCCAUGAAGUCACGCCCUCCAGCUUGGGAAGCAAGCCCAGUCAAGAGGACAGCCAGGUUGUGUUGUCAGAAGAAAUUACUGUUGCAGCUAUAGUAGUUGAUGAUACUAAUGUGCUCUCAGACAAAGUUGCAGAUGGGAAAGCUAAAGCUGACGUUUCAACUAGCUUGCAGCAGCACCAAAGUGAGGAGUCAAAGAAGGCAGGCAAGGACGAGGAGGGAGAGACCAGCCAGGACAGCACAGAGGAGGGCAGCAAGGCGGAGAACAUGAAUGCCAAGCUGACAGUUAACAGAGACGGUCGUUAUGUGUGCCAGCUCUGCAAAAAGACCUUCAAAACGGCAAAUAUCCUGAGAGCACACCUAAGUACCCACAGUGAUAGGAAAAACUUCACGUGUAAGCUUUGUGGGAAUGCCUUCAGGACAAAGGGCUCUUUGAUACGCCACAAUCGACGGCACACAGAUGAGCGGCCCUAUAGAUGUAACAUGUGUGGAUUAUGCUUCAGAGAGUCUGGAGCUUUGACCCGACAUCUAAAAUCUAUCACACCUUGUACUGAGAAGAUACGCUUCCAUCAGUGCAAAGAGAUACUUGUUCAUAAAGAUGGUCUACCGAAAGUGUCUAGUGAUAAAGAAUUAGAUAUUGUUCCCACUCCUUCCACUGAUCCUACAGAAGUACAGCAAUCUAUAAUCAGUGUUGUGACUGACUCUGAGGAGAAUGUUCUUCCAGAAGUCCAAGUGCAAAUGGAAGUGGACAGCACUGAACAAACCCAACAGACCUCUGAAGUGUCUGAGGAGCCACAGAAGACAGAUGGUGACAAUCUGAUUAGCCAGGCAAUAAUCAAUUCAGGGAUAACCAUUGAAACUGUGAAGGACGACACUAUAGUGAAACAUACCGAGGAACCAAUGUCUGGAACAGAGGAAACUGAGGUUAGGAUGGGCGAGAUACAAGUCACGGAAGAGUGUGUUGAAACUGACACUUUGGACACAGAAUCCUCAAGCCGGCAAAGUGACCCUAAAACCUACAAGUGUCCACACUGUAAUCGAGUCUUUAGUGGACCAAGUUACCUUCGUUUGCACAUUAAAGGUCACUUGGGACAUAGGCCAUUUAAAUGCUUGGACUGUGAGAAAGAGUUCAUCACAUGGUACCUCCUAAAGAAGCACAUGGAGUCUCACGUCAGAGAGAGACGCUUUAAGUGUGGGGAGUGUGGGAAGUUGUACAAGACCAUCGGACACGUUAGGGAGCACAUGAGGGCACACUCUGACGAGCGGCCCUACUCCUGCUCUGAAUGUGGCAAGGGCUACAAGACUAAGAACGCGUUGCAGGUACACGUACGGACUCACUUUAACGAGAAGCCCUACAUGUGCCAGUUCUGCUCACGGGGUUUCAGGGAAAAGGGCUCUCUGGUGCGGCACAUCCGCCACCACACCGGAGAAAAACCAUUCAAGUGUAACAAGUGUGGACGGGGCUUUGCAGAGCACGGCACACUGAACCGACACCUCCGAGCCAAAGGAGGAUGCUUUGCGGGAAUGAAGGAUUGUAAGCAGGUAGAAGUUUCUGAGGAAGACCAUUCUGCAGACAAUGUUGCCGCAACCAUCAUCUCUGAAGACCCUCAUACUGUUCUGGUAGAGUUCUCCUCUGUGGUGGCCGACACACAGGAAUACAUCAUUGAAGCUCCAGGUGAAUCAGGUGAAGACGUUGGGCUCGUACAGGAUGGCAGCCAUCAGGUUGGAAGCCACAUAAUGAAGGUGGUACAGCAAAUAGUGAAUCAAGCCAACUCCGGCCACCAGAUUAUUGUUCAGAAUGUCACAAUGGAUGAAAAUGCCGGAAUGUCUGCAGACUGCACGGACACCAUCACCAUAGCAACGCCAGAGAGCCUUACAGAACAGGUCGCCAUGACGCUGGCCACUGCCAUCAGUGAUGGCACCAUACUGACAACAGAGGGCAGCCUGGAUGUUGGGGAUGGGGCUGUCACCAUGGUAGCUUCACAGGACAUUGAGGUUCCAAUGAAUAGACAGGAAAUGCAACACAUGUUCCAACAGUUUACCCUCAAGAAUGAUCCUGUCGGGGGUGUUGAAAAAUCAGAAUAGCAAGGACAAGCAGAGCUGAAAACUAUAAAUGAAACCUGGAGCAAAACCCAAGAAUAAAAAAAGUAAAUAAAUAAAGUUAAAUCAGACUUUCCAUUUGGUGGAGUUGACAACUACCAAAGCAGAAAAGGUACAAUAUUGGAGAAUGGUACGGGACAAAUAAGUGCCUUUUUAAAGAAAACCUGAAGACCCAAGCACCAUUUAUUAACUAGCUUACAUGGUCCUAGGAGCUCUUGCUUAUUCCAGUCAAAUCACACCACUAAAUAUGUGAUCGGUCAGAGCAAAACAAUCAUUGCUAUGCUAAAAAUAAAGUGGUUUGCUGUGCAUGAUGUGCAUAUUGUUACAUUUGUUUCAGGGAUUAUUGCUGUUGUAUUGGUAUAUGCUCACUACAACCAUGUAGCUAAAUGUCAAUUUCUAGUACUGUAAAUAUGAAUGUAUUGUAACAUGUACAAGUUCAGUUUUUAAUUAACCAAAAAAAUGAAGUCAGUGUUAUCUAUAGCCUGUCAACCUCUUUACCUAUACCUUGUCAGUGCUUUAAUUAAAUUAUACUUUAAUAUUUCAAUGGCUCAUUUCUGUUGCUUAACAUAUUACAUCUUUGACCAUUCUAUUUCUC